UGCGCCGGCGCUGCAGGAUUGGCGCAGUCGCGGGAACAGCGCGGAGCAGGUAACCGCUCUGCUGCCGCCGUCGUACCCCGCGGCCGGUUGCCCUGUUACAGCCCCAGCGCUGGUCCCUUCCGGACCCGCCUGUUACGCUCUUUCUGGGCUUCCGGUAUCGCCGGUCACUCAGUCCUCGCCCCUGCCUGCCUCGCUGGCACCCAGCCGUUUCCUCCUCGCGGCGCUGUCUGCCAAGGAACAGCUACCCCGGCUCUGCAGUGACCGGGCGCCCCGGCGACACACGUACUCUCAGGCCCGCUGGGCAGGGGGACAGCCUGGGCCGAGAGAAGCACCAAAAGAGGCAAACUGAGAUGCAGACAAAUGAUACCCGUAUGGUGAUCAUUUUGAAUAUGAGGAGAUUGUGGACUGCCUAAUAUAUUUCAUCAGAAGAGAAGGCUGGAGAAUUAAAGCAGAUGCAGCAAAAAGCAGAAACUGACUUCAAAAAAAACCCUCUCAGUAGAGAAAGUGAUGUUAGAUUCCUGUUGCAAAGGAUCUAAUGCCAGUUAAAUUCUCUUUUGCUUUCUUGAUAAAACAGGAGAAUUGAGAAUUAAAUGAAAAGGUAAUCCUUUUAAAGACCUCAGAAGAUGGAUCUGUUUGUUUCAAUCUGCUUUUGAGGUUUUACUUUUCUUUUAUUAGGUUGUUUGCUAUGUCUUUGGCUGAUCUAACAAAAACAAAUAUAGAUGAGCAUUUCUCCAGUGUGGCAUCAGAAAACAAUAGGAGGUCUGCAGAAUGCAAGAGAAGCCCAGGCACAAGCGAUUUUUCACAGAACAGUAAUGCUUCCAAUAAGAGUGUUGAUUAUAGCAGAUCUGAGUGCUCCUGUGGAAGUUUAAGUUCUCAGUAUGAUUAUUCAGAAGACUUUCUCUGUGAUUGUUCAGAAAAGGCUAUUAAUAGAAAUUAUUUAAAGCAGACUGUGGUAAAAGAAAAGGAGAAGAAAAAGUAUAAUGUUUCUAAAAUCUCCCAAUCUAAAGUUAACAGGUGGCCUUGUUACACAGUACCACAAUACUUGGAUUUCACUGGCUUCUUGCCUUUCAUCUCAGCUGAAGUAUCAGUGUUUGAAUCACCAGUGAAAUGCCAGAAGGAAAUCUCAGUUGAAAAAAAGCACACCUGGAAUGCAUCACUCUUUAAUUCUCAAAUCCAUAUGAUUGCCCAAGGAAGAGAUGCUAUGGCUCAUCGAAUACUCUCAGCAAGGCUUCAUAAAAUUAAAGGACUGAAAAAUGAAUUAGCUGAUAUACAUCAUAAAUUGGAAGCCAUCCUUACAGAAAACCAAUUUUUGAAACAACUUCAGCUUAGGCAUUUGAAAGCUAUAGGAAAAUAUGAGAAUUCACAAAAUAAUCUACCUCAAAUUAUGGCUAAACAUCAGAAUGAAGUAAAAAAUUUAAGGCAACUACUUAGGAUAUCCCAGGAAAAGGAAAGAACUGUAUCCAGGAAACUUAGAGAAACUGACAGCCAGUUACUGAAGACUAAAGAUACCUUGCAGGCACUGCAGAAACUUUCUGAAGACAAAAACCUUGCAGAAAGGGAAGAACUCACUCAUAAAUUAUCUAUUAUCACAACAAAAAUGGACGCAAAUGACAAAAAAAUACAGAGCUUGGAAAAACAACUGAGGUUGAACAGCAGAGCCUUUAGCCGGCAGCUGGCUAUUGAGACUCGGAAGACUUUAGCAGCUCAAACAGCUACCAAGACUCUGCAGGUGGAAGUAAAACACCUUCAACAAAAACUUAAGGAAAAGGAUCGUGAGCUUGAAAUUAAAAACAUCUAUAGUCAUCGAAUACUUAAAAAUUUACACGACACAGAGGACUAUCCAAAAGUUUCUUCAACAAAAUCAGUCCAAGCAGACAGAAAAAGUUUGCCAUUCCCAAGUAUGAGAGACCAGGGAACCCAAAAAUCAGAUGUUCCACCUUUGACAACUAAGGGUAAAAAGGCAACAGGAAACAUUGAUCAUAAAGAAAAAUCAACUGAAAUAAAUCAUGAAAUUCCUCACUGUGUCAAUAAACUACCAAAGCAAGAGGAUUCUAAGAGAAAAUAUGAAGAUUUAUCAGGGGAAGAGAAACAUUUGGAAGUCCAAAUACUGCUGGAGAAUACUGGAAGACAAAAAGACAAAAAAGAAGACCAAGAAAAGAAAACUAUUUUUGUGAAAGAAGAGCAAGAACUACCACCAAAAAUAAUUGAAGUUAUUCAUCCUGAAAGAGAAAGCAAUCAAGAAGAUGUUCCAGUAAGAGAAAAGUUUAAAAGAAGCAUGCAGAGAAAUGGCAUGGAUGACACACUUCGCAAAGGCACUGCUCCCUACACGAAAGGCCCCCUCAGACAAAGAAGGCAUUACUCAUUCACAGAAGCCACUGAAAACCUGCAUCAUGGGCUUCCUGCUUCAGGGGGGCCAGCCAAUGCCGGCAACAUGAGGUACAGUCAUAGUACAGGCAAGCAUCUCAGUAACAGAGAGGAAAUGGAGCUAGAGCAUUCUGACAGUGGGUAUGAGCCCUCAUUUGGUAAGUCUUCCAGAAUAAAAGUGAAGGAUACAACUUUCAGAGAUAAGAAAAGCAGUCUCAUGGAAGAACUCUUUGGAUCAGGCUACGUCUUGAAAACUGACCAAUCAAGUCCUGGUGUUGCAAAAGGCUCAGAGGAGCCUUUGCAAAGUAAGGAGUCGCAUCCCCUGCCUCCCAGUCAGGCCUCCGCCAGCAAUGCUUUUGGAGACUCUAAAGUAACUGUGGUAAAUUCUAUUAAGCCAUCGUCACCUACAGAAGGAAAAAGAAAAAUAAUUAUGUAAAUAUAGUCAACAUCCUAAUGCAUUCUGGUUUGAUAUAAUGCUGCUUAUGUGCCUUGCAUCUUAUUUUUGAAAUGUGUGAGAGAGGAUGUGUAUGUAUGUAUGUGUUUUAGUACUUAAUUGACUUUCGAUAAUUAAUUUUUUGUUUUAUUGCUAAUCUAGUAAAAAAUCUAUUUUAUAUUAGCCAAUGAUAACACUUCAAAUACAAAUUUACAUCUUUACAACUGAAA